AUGGAAGGGACAGCUCGAUCAGCCUCUCCCCGGCGCUCCGCAAAGGAAGGAAGAGGGGCUAAGAGGGAUAGCUCACCUGCUUCAAAGGGGCGAAGGAACAAGGCCAGCAAGUCAGGGAAGCGGCCAGAGAACAUGGGGAAGAAAGAGGGGGAAAAAAGAGAGCCAGAGGGGGAAGCAGCCAAGGCAGAGGAACCCGAGCAGGGAGCAGCCAAGCCACACUCCACUGUUGUUAAUGUGGACAGUGUGAGGGACGGAGACAGGGGCGAAGACACGGAGGAGUCGCUGGGACUUUUGGAGCAGGAGUGGCAAGGGGAAGGCCUGAAGGGCAGGACUCCAGGGGUGUGCGAGUGGCUGCUCACAGUUGUGGCUCUCCUUGCUGUUGUCCUCUCCUUUCCGCUCUCCAUCUGGUUAUGUCUGAAGAUAGUGAGGGAGCACGAGAGAGCAGUGAUCCUCAGACUUGGGCACCUUCUGCCAGGGAAGCCCAAAGGACCAGGACUCAUCUUCUACCUUCCCUUCUUGGAUGUUUGCCAGAAAGUGGAUAUUCGGCUGAAAAUGCUCAAAGUCCCCUCUCACACGGUGGUGACGAAGGACCUGGUGAGCACAGAGCUGAGUGCGGUGUGCUAUUACCGCAUUGAGAACGUGUCGCUGUGCUUCACCUCCCUGUCGGGGGUGUCCACCGUGCUGCAGGGGCUGGUGCAGGCCUCCAACAGAGAGGUCCUUGCGCGCCACAACUUCACUCAGAUCCUGCUGGAAAGAAAGAAGAUUGCCCAGGAGAUCCAGGUGGCCUUAGAUGCUGUGACAAGCCAGUGGGGGAUCAAGGUGGAGAGAGCAGAACUAGAGGAUGUAUGUAUUCCACCUGAGCUCCAACAUAGUGUAGCCGCUGAGGCGCAGGCCAAGAGGAUCGCCCAAAUCAAAGUGAUUGCCGCGGAAGGAGAGAAAGCCGCCUGUGAGGCUCUGAAGGCCUCCAUGGACUCUCUGUCUGGCUCCCCAGCUGCCGUUCAGCUGCGUCUCCUACAGCUCCUGCACACUCUACGCACCGAAAAUCCGGCCCUUGUCCUCACCCUCCCGUCUGACCUCCUCGCUUUGCCCACCGACCUCUCCCUUUCCCCCAGCCCAGCCAAUCAAACCCUCACAGGAGAUGGGACCUCAAAGGAGUCCAACAAAGACUCGCCCAUGCUGUAA